AAAGCGUUUUUCCAGUACUUUAUUCACUGUCGAUAAAUCAAACACUGUGGACACAUUUUUUUAACGAAAUAACAAAAAAAUAAAUAAAUUGUUUGAGUGAUUUUUUGAUCUAAUUUUUCAGUGAUCUGCUUUUAGAAAUUUUUCAACUGUUGUGAAAGUAAACCGAAAAGAAGAAAAAUGGGUUUGAGUUGUGGAAUGUCAAUGGUUAAAUAUGGUCUUUUCAUCUUUAACUUAAUCUGUGCUGUUGCUGGUGUUGCGUUGAUUGUGGUUGGUGCUAUUCCUUUAUUCAGACUUUAUGAUGUUAAAGAAGCUUUUCCUGAACACAAUCCGGCACUCAUUCCAAUUCUUGUUCUUAUACUUGGAUCGCUUAUAUUCACAAUUUCCUUCUUUGGGUGCUGUGGAGCAAUCAGGGAGAAUCAAUGCAUGGUGUCAACGUAUGCCUUUUUCUUAUUUGUACUGGUCGUGUUACAAAUUGUUCUCGCAGUUUAUGCCUUCAUUUACACUGAAGAGUUGGCUCAAGCUUCAGUAAAUGGUUUUCAGAUUCUUUGGAAUCAAAAGCAAACGUCACCCAGCACUAUGGCAGUUAUCGAUGGAAUUCAAACUACGCUUCAAUGUUGUGGUCUUAAUGGACCUACUGACUGGGCGAAUCCACCAGCAAUUGGCAGGUCGUGUUGUCCUCAAGAUGCUCAAACAUGCGAAAUUCCGAAUGCCUUCCAAACGGGUUGUUCUGAAGCUUUGAGGAAUUCUGUAGAGGCAUCAGGAAUGUUAAUUGCAUGGUUUGCUGUUGUUUUCGCUGGAUUUGAGCUUGUGGGAGUCAUUUUUGCGUGUUGUUUGGCUAAUAGUAUCAGAAACAGCUCGAGAAGACAAUACGCUUAAGAUGUGUGGGAGAAGAGAAACAUUUAACAAUAAACAAUUUCCUACCGGCAUUUGAUAGUUUCAUCAAUAGAAAUCUUCAUCUUUUGCAUUUAAAUAUUUUAGAAACUAAAGAAUCAAAGCUAAAAUGUCACAUUUGAUUGAAAAGUUUUAUGAGAAAUUCACGGUUUGAUUUUUUUUGUGGCACUUUGUCGAUAACUUUACAAAUUCUUUUAUAAAAGAACCACAAAUGACGAAGUUACCAGCGAAUGAUGAAAGUUUGACACCAACUUAAAACUAAAAUUAAUUUCGAAAAAAAAGAAAUAAAAAAUAUUUUAUUCAUCGGUUUUUUAAAGAAUUUAUACAAAACAUGAUUGUCAAAUAUCUAAAUAAAGUUUAGUCACGUGUGUGGGAAUAAACAUUAAAAAUUAAUAAAUGCGAUAAAAUUGAACAACAUUUGUGAAGAUUUUCAAAAUAGAUAAAGAAAAUCUUUUAAACCUGUUGCAUUGAUUUGAGGUCGUCAGCAAUGCGGAAAACGCAACCAGUAGAUUGGACGAGCUCCUCCAUUGAUACAUCGUCAGCUUUUUCAAUUAAUGUCAAUCCUUUCUCGAAGUCAACAGUAAAAACAGCUUUUUCAGUGAUGAUCAUAUCAACGCAAUUCUUUCCUGUUAAUGGAAGUGAACAUUGCUUCAAGAUUUUCGGUGCUCCACUUUUACUGUUGUGUUCCUAAGAUGUAGAAAAUAAUUGAAAAAAUUCCACAAUAUGCUAAUUGAACAUUUUUUACCAUUGUUAUGAUCGUUUUGGUUCCAGGUGCUGCAACUAAAUCCAUUGCACCUCCCAUUCCCUUCACCAACUUUCCAGGAAUCAUCCAAUUUGCUAAAUCACCAAAUUGAGACACUUCCAUUGCGCCAAGAACUGUUAUGUCAAU